CAGCGCCCUCCCGCGGGGCCGCCCUCCAGUCCGCGCGGUCAGCGGGUGCACAGAUCUCGCGCCUCUCCGCUCCCCGACACCUGGGGCUUCCACCUAUCCAGCCUCCCUGGGCCGAACUGCUGGGGAGCCCGGCGACAGGGGGCGCCAAGGAGCCAGGGGGAAAACCGUGAGGCGCUGGCGGGAGCCUGCAGGCGGUGCUACCCCCACCUCCCACCUCCCCGCGCCCCGCCCCGAGGUUGGGGCUUUGGAGGAUGCAGCCGGGAAAAACACUGAUGUUGGGGCUACGUCCAGAAUAGCAUCAUCUACAUGGGCACUCCCUCCUCCUACAAUUUCAGAAAAUAUUUGAUAACUACUUGAGAAAAUGCAGAAGAUCUUGCAAACAGAUGACAUUACCAAUACCCAAGCUCUUAGAAAAGGAAAAAGGAAAAGGACAGAGACAAUGGACUCAGAGAAUGCAAAUAGUGACAUGGAUAAAGGACAGAGAGACCCAUAUUCAGGAAAUGCCUUUCUGCCUGGUGAGAGCUCCAGUGAGGAAGAAGAGCCUUUAGCAGAAUUGUCAAAGGAGGAAUUGUGCACGAAAAUAAAAAGCCUGAAACAAAAACUAACAAACACCCGGAAAGAAAACAGCCGACUUCGACAGUCUUUGGUCAUGCUUCAAGUGUUACCACAGGCAGUCACCCAGUUUGAAGAAUUGGUUGGUAUGGCAGAGGCCCUACUUAAGGGUGGAGGAACCAUGUCUACAUCUGCGUCCACCCUCUGGAGAGCAACAAACAACUCCUCACCAGAUUCAUUUGCCUCAACAUGCAGUAAUUCUAAUUCUAAUUCCAGUUCACCAAUUUCCUUGAAGGCUGAAGAAGAGCAUCAUACUGAUGAGAAACAGUUCAAGAUUGAAAAAUGGCAGAUUGCCCGUUGUAACAAGAGCAAGCCUCAGAAGUUUAUUAAUGAUUUAAUGCAAGUACUUUACACGAACGAAUACAUGGCCACACACAGCCUGACGGGCGCAAAGUCCUCUACUUCGAGGGACAAAGCUGUAAAACCAGCUAUGAAUCAGAAUGAAGUUCAAGAAAUCAUAGGAGUCACAAAACAGUUAUUUCCCAACACAGAUGACGUUUCAAUUAGGAGAAUGAUAGGGCAAAAGCUAAACAACUGUACCAAGAAGCCAAAUUUAAGCAAAAAUCUGAACUCUCAGGAUAUUAAGUAGAUCCUUUUGGUAUUGUAGGUAUCUGAAAUAAAACAUCUUCAGUUUUGAAUCUAACAUUGGAUUUUGUUGGAGAAUCUGCAACCUCCCUGGCAGUGAGCACAGAGAGACAUGGUGACAGGCUGGGAGAUGUCUGGAAUAUCGCUGGCUCUCGAUGGAGCAACAAGCUUGCUGAAGAAGCUGCAUGUAGAUUCCACCAUAAAUAUCAGUGAUGCAUCAAACCAGAGAAUUUCUAGUAGUCAAAUAAGCAUGCAAUAUGGUUUCUUGGAAAUAUGCAUUUUCCUGUCCCCAAACGCUUCUCUGCACAGCUAACUUAACACAAUAGAGCUCUUACCACAGCAACAAAAACUUUAACCCCUACGAUUUGUCAUUGUCCUAAAUAAUCAGUCACUGUACAUUUAUUAUAGCCAACGACUUCCCAGUUUAGUGUUUGGAUCUUUAGCAAAAGUGCAUGCUUGGAAAAGUAAAUAGUAAAUAAUCAAUGUACAUGAAUGUGAGGACAGCAAAGUUGGUCUAAAAUUUGAUGAUCAUAUCUAACCAAGUAAUGGUGUUUUCGCAAUGAAGUUACAGGGUUAUUCUUCCCUGUUACCUAAAAAUGUAUAAAACAGGAAUCUGAAAAAAGUGAAAGCAACAAGACCUUUUUAUUUUAAUAUGAAACUAUUCCACUGCACUCCUAGGAAAGAAAGAAACCCAAGUUUUUGUGACUGUUGAAACAAUAUAUUGAUUUCAGAAAAAAUUUUCCUGUUUGUUUACAUGCUUCUAACUUUUUAUUGCCCAAAGUAUAUUAAAUACAGAUGUGUAAUAUAAAACAUAAACAUCAUCUAAAAUAUCCUAUAUAAGAUAUUACAUCAUAUGUAUUUGGUUGGUUUUAUUGCUACAAUCCUUAGUUUUAACUGGUUUGAUUCCAUAGUAUCAGUAGAAAAAAGAAUUGAAAACAAAAUCAUAUGGGAUGGAUAAUCACACAAAAAGAAAAAUACCAUUUUUUAAAUGAAUGAAAGAUAAAACAUUCUUCAUCAAGAGGCUUCUACUUUGAUGUCAGGUUGUCACACAUGACAACUUUGCAAUGACAAGCCAUGCUUCUUCAGUGUACAAGGUCAUGUUUAAAGUUGGAAAAGAGGAUGCAUAUAAUAGUUGGAAAGUUCAGAGUUGUGGACCCAGGGAACAUUCCAUAAUGCUGCUUGAUAAAAAUGUGGUCGUACAAAAUAAAUAUGAUAAAGGAAAUAACUUAUGUUAACGUUUGUUACUUUUACUUAAAUAUAAAUAAAUCCCAUUGAAAACAUAAAAA